CUCAAAGCUGCUGCUACUGCGUAUCCAGUCACUUCCAUGCACCGAGAUACAGCUUUCAGUGACUAUCUGUCGUCGUGAGGGGGAGACAAGAUGAGGAACAAAGAUCUUUGGGAGGGAACGUGAGACUUGACUCAGGACAUUACCAUGACAUAAAUUAAGGAACAACCUGGAGCUGUCUCCUUGUUUGUCUUUUGUUUUGUUUCUGUUUUUUUGUUGUCUAGUCUCCACCUGUCUUACCUAGUGUUAACACUUUUCUUGUGGAGAACAGAUAAUGAAGUAGUAUGCAGGAGUAUUUGUUUUGAUGAAACUUUAUUGUAUCACACUACUAAUGUCUUCAGGACUGGACUAGUCACUCCUCUUGUCUGCCUCAUAUCACUGAGAUUGAAGACAGCAAUAGAGGUAUCAAAGGUCUUGAAAAAGCCUGCACUUAUCAUAUCUUUGUGGCAUUAAUUACACUUGGGCCAGCAAUUACCAUGCAACAUACUCUAUGCAGAAUUCAUCACUUGUGCAGUAAUUUAAUUUAAUUGUUGUAGCCUCCUUGUUUAAACAAGGUGUGUUUGUUUGUCUUAUUCAUACUUAGUAGAUCAGUUUGUCAAUGCAACCAAGAGUUUUAGUAUUUGUGUAAUUAUUCGAAGAUUUCUUGUAAAUGUCGAGGAGCUGCUCAGCUGACUGUUAUAUUGUUAUUGCAUGGGCGGCUUUAAGUUGUAAUGUAAACUAUUUUUUUAACUUAUGCAAUCUUUGUGAAGAACACUUUUGUUUAAAUGACUGAUCUUGUAGUGGAAAAUAUUAAUUUUUUUGUUCUGUUGUCUUUGAAUAUGUUGAAGUAUUGCUCACUCAUUUUUCCACUGGCAGUAAACUGUAUAGGCUAACAGCUCUUCAGAUCAAACUAUGAUGGGAGCUUUCUAACUGUGACACAAAGACUGAUCUUAAGCAGUUUAUAUCUUCACUGGAUAAAUACUCUAAACAGAAGAAUCUUUAAACUGGAAGAAGUUUUUUCUUUUCAAAUGAAGACAUACUUCUGAAAUGGACCGACGGAACAGAAACUCAAAGCUGAUUUGUUUUUGUGACAUUGUCUCUUGAAUCCAAACACUGAAGAAGGAGAAUGAUUUUGAGGAGAUAUCAGGGAUAAAGCGCUCAGACUGACAUUCAGAUACAUUUUGAUUUUCCCUGCAAAUCUCAAAGAGCAGCCAGAUUCCAGUCUUCAAGCCUCUAACUGUAGAAAAUACGUCCAUAAAGCUCCAACCUUUUCCUGAUAAGCCUUGUCCGCCUCAGCAGAUAGGAUGCGAUCUCCAGAACCGUCCACACCUUCCACAGCAGAAGCCCUCCUUCACGGCCAGUUUGCUAGCUGGGGUUCAGGCAGCACGAGCAACAAUAACAGCUGCCCCAACAGCCCUGGUGGUCCGGGAGGACUCUCCCCUGCUGCCUCCCCUACUCCGGCUCCGGUCUCCAACUAUGCCUUGACCCUAACCCACACCCACAUACAUAUCCAGCGGCUGUCCCCACGGCCGGGGAAGGAAGCCCGUCUCCUGCUGCCUUUGUCAGAGCUGGUGGGGUGCAGCUGCCCUCGUGCCCCUGCGCCCCCUCUCCUAGUGCUGUACUGGUACCCGCCAGGCAAACGACGGAAAGGGGUGUCUCGGCGCAGGCAGGUGAGGGCCUACCUGGCAGAAAGCAGGUCUGAAGCUGAGAGGUGGUCGGCUGCUGUGCAGUGUUUACUCAGAGGUGUGACCGUCACUGCUGACACUGAAUUUUCAAGAAGUCUGCUACCUCGUCCCAGGCGACUACUAUUAUUGGUCAAUCCUUUCAGUGGGAGAGGCCAGGCAAUGCAGUUGUGUCAGACACACAUCCUGCCAAUGAUCAGAGAGGCCAACAUCAGCUACAACCUUAUACAGACAGAGCGUCAGAACCAUGCCAGAGAGCUUAUCAGAGAGAUAUCGCUCACAGAGUGGGAUGGCAUCAUCAUUAUCUCUGGAGACGGCCUGCUGCAUGAGGUAAUUAAUGGGCUGAUGGAGCGUCCUGAUUGGGAACAAGCAAUAAAAACACCUGUCGGCAUUCUUCCCUGUGGCUCCGGGAAUGCACUGGCUGGCUCCAUCAACCACCAUGCAGGGUAUGACAUGUGCCUUCGGGAGCCCCUUCUUUUGAAUUGCUGCUUUUUGCUCUGUCGAGGCGGUGUCCGACCCAUGGAUGUGAUCUCUGUGACAACAAGUCCUCCUCCCUCCAUCAACAGUCGUACUGCAGCAGCCAGGAGACUGUUUUCUUUCCUUUCUGUUGCCUGGGGCUUUGUGUCCGAUGUGGAUAUUGAGAGUGAGAGGUAUCGUGGCCUGGGCUCAGCUCGCUUCACUCUGGGCACCCUGGUGCGCAUAGCUUCUCUUCGAUCCUACAAGGGUCGUCUAUCCUACCUGCCUCCCUCUAUUAACACCACAUCACCAGACACCACACCUCCUCCGCCAAGGAGACCCCUCUCCCGCAGUAUCACAGAAGGCCUGGACGACUUCUGUCGAACGCCCAUCCAUCGCACCUGCUCUGACAUGGGCAUCAGCGAACAGAGGAGCCUGCGUAAGGGUGAGGUGGAGAGGGAAAAAGAGGAGAGGCAGAGAGAAAGGGAGAGAAGAAGGGAGAGGGCUAGGGGAGGAGGAUCUGGCGUGGUGAGAGCAAGCAGCCUGGCAGAGGACAGAGAGAGGGAGAUGGAAGCAGAAGAGAGGAGGUCAGGGACAUGUUCGGAGAGCUCAGAAUCAAUUGAAAGGGAAGACUGCAAUAUGGGAAGGGCAGAAAGAUUGGCGGGGAUCAAGGAUGAAAGGGAAGACGAGGGAAGGGUAGAGGAAGACUCCAGUGAGAUGGAGGAGGGGGAUAGGGGGAAGAAUGGGGAAGGAAGUGGUGGUUCUGCAGAGGGGGAGAGAGUGUUGCAUGCAAGAGAUCUGGGAGAGAGCUGUGGGGUCGACAUGGGGCGAGAGGCAGACGAAGAGCCAGAGGGUUGUCUCACUUUCCAAGAUGAUCUUCAUGAGGCCAGACAGUCACGAAGGAAGAAUUCAGCCCCUUCAAGCCAGAUAGCCAACGCUCUCUUCAACCAGCCUCUCAGUCGGGAGGCGGACGCAGAUUCUAGCACGUCAUACGGGGUCGAGGACAUGGAUCUGAAUGGAACCUACUACCAGAAAGAACCCUUCCACCUGGACGCUGCUCGUGAGCGAUCUCUCACCAUCUCCUCUCCCUUUCGUCACUCUCCCUUCUCCUACAAGCCCAAGACCCUGGACCAAAACCAGAAUGCCUCCCGGCCAAGGCCCCUCUCUCUUCUCCAGCACUCCCACUCAAACUCCCUCCCCCCUAAACUUCCCUCCCUCUCGCUGUCUCUUUCUCCCACUCCCCCAUCUUCCCCUUCAUGUGCCUCCCCACACUCUUCAUCCUACCUCGUCCCCCGUCCUAACACCCCAAAUUCCACCUCGCCCUCACCCUCUCUACGCACACCGUCCUCAUCUUUUAACUUUGACAUUGCCGAGCCAGCAGGACCCCAGAAGAACCGUCCUUUCGUCUCACUGCCUUUUAAUACCCCUAGGGAUGACUUGUUACCCCCCCUCGACCAAGCCCUUCCCACAAGAGACUGGGUCACCAUUGAAGGGGACUUUGUCCUGGUCCUGGCCCUUUAUCAGUCCCACCUUGGGGCUGAUCUUCAUGCUGCACCCCAGGCCAGGUUUGACGAUGGGCUGAUCCACCUGACCUUUGUGCGGGCGGGGAUCUCCAGAGCCACUCUACUGAGACUGUUCUUUGCCAUGGAAAGAGGAACCCACCACUCCGUCAGCUCGCCGUAUGUGAGCCACAUCACCUGCAAGGCCUUCAGGCUGCAGCCUCUGUCUACACGGGGGACACUUACUGUGGAUGGAGAACUGGUGCCCUAUGGGCCUCUUCAAGCGCAGGUUCACCCUUCCAUGGCUCGUCUCAUCGUUGGUGACUCUGGAGUGCAGAUUACCAGAUUCUAAUCAGGGAUUGGUUGAGCAGAUUGGUGGAAACGGCACUCUACUGAAUUAUGUAAUCUGUGUUUGUCAUCUUUACUCUGAAAGAGAGGGCACAGUAUCUGAGAGACUUUAAAUAGCCUGGAUUGCAGAAACUGCUUUUCUGGGGUUUAAUGAAAGGGAUAACCCACCGAGUCACGCAUCAUUGGAGCAUGACUGCAGGGAUUAAUAGCGAAUUUGAAAAUGGAUGAAAAAUGCGCCUCAUUGCACAGCUGUUGGAUUACGCUCAGCGUACCCUGAGAAGCAUGAAAACUGCACAGCCUGGGAUAGUAAGAGGGAAGAACAAUCGAAUGUUUAGGGACGUUUUUGUGUGCAGAUAGUGCAUGUGUUGGAUGUAUACGUAGUAGUAUGCAUGCAGAGAAGCACUACCUGAAUUUUGCCUUUCAGUGAGAUGGAAAGAAAUCAGAUUAAAACAGAGAAAGUUGUUCUUAAACAUGAAAUGCUAUAAAAAUGACAUUGAGAUUCACUCAGACCAACAGGCCAUUACAAUUGGCCCCAACCCUUUAUCUUCAACCCCACCCUAAGGUCCAAAUGUUUGAGUAUAAAAACUUCCGUCCAUGAAAGGAAUGCCUUAUCUGACACUGGACAGUAACAGUUGUACCUUUGCCCUUAUUGCUCUUACUUAUAUAAGAAACCCAAAUAUUCUUAAUCUCUGUCCACCUAUCAUAGCGUCCGUCCACUACAUCAAAGCAAAGCUACGCUUAUAUACUUAGACAUACUAGUAGAGCCACCUAACUACUUUUAUCUUUGAGCACACUACUCUCCACUGUUUGAAGCAUCUGUGGAGAAAUGUACACUUUAAUGACUCAAUGUAGCGCAGCGAGAUCAAGCUUUUCAGGGUCAUUAUAUAAGUAGGAGCAGAAGAACCGUUGAGCGGUGACCAUUACUGAUAUCUUUACAUAAUCUGCCUGUUUUUCUUCGCCAGUGAAUGCACGAUGAUGGUGUCAAUGAUAUCACACGUUGCAACAUAUUGAACAUAAAAAUGUCUGAACGAAGCAAGCUUCUUUGUCAGUGGAUCACUAUCUCUGAGUAAUCAUCUUUGGAAGCGUAGAGGACAUUUCAUGCCUCUUUUAGGUAGUAAGUAGUGCAUUCAUUUUGCACAAUAGCUGCAGUUGAAGCAGCACAAGCAAAAUCACAGCAAGAGAAUUCUUUGUAACCUUUAGAUACAUCUACAGAGUAACGCAGAAUCUGAUACAAUGCUUUGAUCUAGAAAUGGAUGCACUAGUAUUAAUAGCCGAGUCCAGAUACUAUAAUAAAUGGAUCACAUUACAGUUUAGUCUAGACUGAAACAAAUGUAAUGUCUCAAUUUGAACAGCUGUUGAAAGGUAGGACUGACUGAUUACAAAAUCAUUCAGUAACUUUUAAAUCCUGCCAUAGAGGCAAACAAGGGCACUAAACACUAAAAUCCAGCAGCUCUGUGUUGUCACAUCAGACUUUUGAUCAAGAGAUAAAUAGAAUGGAGGUUAAACUACUUUCACUGUGAGAAAUCAUCCAGCAGCAGAGCUGAUAUUAAGUGAUAGAUUGGGUUUGAAAUGUAAAAUAUCUUGAGAACUUUUUCCAAAUUAUGAUUUGUCCUUAGUGAAGUGAAACAGCAGAUGUUGGAGCUCGUACUAGGAAUUGUCAUGUUUUAUAAAUACAUUUCUGAAAUGUUAUAAUAAAACCUACUGAUAUGGUGUGGACACAGGAUAAAUCAAUAGCAUGUGCAGUGUAUCAAUCAGUAAGAUCAUGUGCCGCCUGCUUGGGUCAUCGUCAACAUACUGUAUGUCUCGGUCAUGCCUGGACAACUCAAUGCCUUUGUAUAAUAAGCCUGUAAAUUCUGGCUGUUGAUCAUGAACUGUUAAAACCUGACUGCAGAAAAUGGAGUAAAACCUUUUGCUCACCAGGCCUUUAUUUUUAUUCUUCUAUUUUUGUAUUUAUUUCCUCUGAGUGCACAAUGCAGCUAGUCUACCACAACACUGUGCUUACACAGCUACACAAUGUUAAUUCAACAUUUUGAGCCGAGGCUUGCAACAGUACCAAAUAGAAGAAUUUAUAUACA